UGUCACUAGUUUUGUGAAUCCGUAGUUUCGUUUUUCUUACCUUUUACUCGAACUCGUGCGGUGACGAAGUCCAGCUUUGUGCAAUGAAACAUAAUAAGGUAUCCUUUUGAUGUGACACGAUACAGAUAUCUACAUUGCACACAUGGUCACUGACAAUGCUGCCGAUUACGGAAUAUCAGUGGAGUGACAGUUUCAGCAGUGCAGCCCUGAAGUUAUGCACUAAAUAAUUCUGCAGCCCCGUAGGUAUUGUGACUUACUAAAGUGAAGAAUAUUUCGUGUAGUUCGACUUUCCCACCAGAGUCCUGAUUCAGCUGUGUACCCAAAAAUCGCAAAUACUAUAAAAUUACUGAUCGACUUGAAAAAUGACAUCUAAGAGAUUCGUGAACCAGAGAACUGGAGAAUAGAAGAAUUUGUGUAGAUCUUAGUUUGACUUGCAGGCCUAGAUUUCACAGUUGCCCGUUAUGCUAAGUUUUAGUUGAAUUCUAGAAGAAAUUGUAAGGAACAACGUGUGUACUAUUCAAAAUGUCGAACAUAGAUUUUGAUGAGGUGCUGCAACACAUCGGAGAGAGGGGUCGAUAUCAACAGAUCAUGUACUAUCUCCUGUGUAUCCCUGCAACCAUCCCUGCAGCUUUCCUGGCCUUCAGCCAAGUGUUUGUGUCAGCGUCACCGGAACACUGGUGUCGAGUGCCUUCCCUGGACAGCCACCCACUAGCUGCCGACCAGCAGAAGGAUCUGGCAAUUCCGUACACCUUGCGCCCCGAUGGCAGGCGCAAGUACAGUCGCUGUUACAUGUAUGAUGUGAACUACACGGCCCUCCUACAUAUACAGUCGCAGCGAAUCGAACCAGAAGACCUGCAGCUGCCUUUUCCAGAGACCGGAUGGAACAUAACCAAGUGCCUCCACGGAUGGAACUAUGACCGCAAGGACUACGACAGCACUCUGGUGACAGAGUUGAACCUGGUUUGUGAUGAUGGUUGGUGGCCCUCAACUUCAACUACUUUCUUCUAUGUGGGCUCCCUGUUUGGAAAUGUGGUGUUUGGUUGGAUCGCAGAUAAAUGGGGCCGUCGAACAUCGUUCUUCAUUAUUCUGUUCUUGGAAGUAAACCUCUCAAUAUUGACUGCAUUUUCACCAAACUACGUAGUGUAUACCAUUCUGCGCACUCUCAGUGGUCUAUUCUUCCCUGCCAUCUAUCAAAUACCAUUCAUCCUGGCAUUGGAGUUGAUGGGACCACGAUACAGAACAUUUGCAGGCAUGGUGAUCUGCAUGUUCUUUGCAUUGGGCCUCUCACUUCUUGCUCUGCUGGGAUACCUACUCCGCAACUGGUAUACACUCUCUCUGGCCACUUCAGUGCCCUUUGUGCUACUCUUCAGCUAUUACUGGAUAAUCCCAGAAUCACCGAGAUGGUUACUGAGCAAGAACAGAAUUGAUGAAGCUGAAGAAAUUGUCCAGACAAUGGCUCGUAUAAAUGGGAAGGAAUUGCCGAAGAAUUUUCUGAGAAAAAUGGAGCUCAUUAACAAACAAAAGCUGUGGAAUGGCGACUUAUGUCAUCAAGAAGCUCCUAACAUCUCAGCCACACCAAUGGAUCUCCUGAGACACCCAAACAUCCGCAAGAAGUUCUUUAUUUUGGCUUUUGACUGGGUAGCCAAUGCUGUUGUUUACAAUGGUCUCUCUUACAAUGCAACUAAUCUUGGUGUCAGUGACUAUUUAGCUUUCUUUAUAGGUGGUGCAGUGGAGAUCCCAAGUUACAUCAUCACAUGGUACGCAAUGGAUCGAUGGGGAAGACGCUGGAUUCUCUGCCUCACCAUGUUGCUUGGAGGCAUGGCAUGUGUGUCCUGCAUGUUUGUACCAGAAGAUGCAGUAUGGGUGACAGUUAUUCUUGCUAUGAUUGGGAAGUUCGGAAUCGCAGCCUCCUUUGCUGUAUUCUACGUGUUUGUUGGUGAACUUUUGCCAACUGUUCUUCGUAGUCAGGCUAUGGGUAUAGCUUCAUUCAUUGCAGGGAUUGGACUUCUUGGGUUUCCUUAUGUUGUGUACUUAGCAGUGUAUAGCAGAGUAUUGCCUCUCAUUAUAAUGGGCACACUCUCUGUUGCUGGAGCCUUAGCCUCUGUUUUUCUGCCUGAAACGCUCAACAUUCACCUGCCACAAACCCUGGAAGAAGGGGAAGCUUUUGGAGCCAAUUUCAAACUUUUCAGCUGUCCAAGGAGAAAAAGGCCUCUGGAUGAUGAAAGCAAUGUGAAAUAUCCUACAAAAGAACUAUCUAAUGGAAAUGCUGAACCAACAAGGGAUUCAGUUCCUGAAUCACUUCAUAUUCUCACAUGCAACAGUGGAGGGAGGUGAUGAAUCUUGCCUGCAUUAUGAUUGUCAGGCAGCAUUUUGUUUAGCAGGUUAAGUUGCUUGAGGAAUAACUGGACAAAUGUCUAUGUGUGGCUAACCUAGCAAAAGUGAAAUGAGUACAAAUGUGUACAGUAAUCUGAUCAUAAUUUGGUUACAAUUCGUGACUAAUGAACAAAGAUCAUGCGUGACUGUGCCAUAAUAUUAUGGUACAGUGGUUAGAAUUCCAGAGGUUCUGGGUUCUAAUCUGAGCCAGGAUAUUGGCUACUGUGACAGGGUUUUGUGGCUUCCAUUAGUUUACACAGGUGAAUACAAGGUUAGUGUUGUACAACAAGUUUCCUCCUGCUUCCCUUCAAAUUUAUCAUUAUAAUCAUCUUACCACAUGUCAUUUGACCAUCCAAUAGUACAGCAUCAUAAAACAACCAACAAUGAGUCCUUUCAUUCUCAAGAUUUCUCUUAUACCGAAGUGUUUGUUUUUAAAUGGGCAUUUAAAUCUGAGGGCAUCAUAUCAUGUAAAAAUAUCUUGAGUGGAAGAACUAAAGAUACUGAGAAAUUUAUUAAAGGAAAAAUACCCUGUAAGGUAAAUGUGUGUCAGUAAAGACAGUCGAGGAAAUAACACAAGAAACUACAAGCACACUGAGAAAACAUAUUGUUAAAUAUUUAGUUCCAAUUGUGAAUGAAAUGGACAGACAACUUACACAAAACACACCGAUUUUUCUAACAGAUGUAUGCAAUAUGACU